UCAAUCUUGGAAGUUGCAUGUAUUUCAUGUUCCUUCGCGACUUCGCGUUUCACUGGAAAAAUUGAUUAGAAUUUUAAUUAAAGAUUGAUUCAUCUCAUAAGUAAUUGUAAUUGAUAAACAGCUUUCAUAAUGACCGAGUCGCAACCAGCAGCAAUGGAUGAAGAUUCAAAAACACCAGUGUGUUUAAUAAUUUUAGGUAUGGCUGGUGCGGGGAAGACAUCUUUCACACGGCGUCUGGCUGGCAAGGUUGUGGACGGGAGCAGGCCUUACCUUGUAAACUUGGACCCUGCAUGCCGAGAGGUCCCAUACCCUGCUAAUAUAGACAUAAGAGAUACAGUGAACUAUAAAGAAGUUAUGAAGCAGUAUGGUUUAGGACCUAAUGGAGGCAUAGUGACUGCUCUAAACCUGUUCAGUACAAAGUUUGGACAAGUGGUGAACCUUAUUGAAAAGGCUGGCAAGAAACACAAGUACUGCAUUAUUGACACUCCAGGUCAAAUAGAAGUGUUCACAUGGUCAGCAUCAGGUACCAUAGUGUCGGAAACCCUGGCAUCCUCACGUCCCACCGUAGUGGUGUAUGUGAUGGAUGCAGUACGGAGUGUAUCACCGGUCACAUUCAUGUCUAAUAUGUUGUACGCCUGCUCUAUACUGUACAAGACGCGGCUGCCUUUCAUUGUUGUUAUGAAUAAGACAGACGUAGUAGACAACUCAUACGCAGUGGAAUGGAUGCGCGACUUCGAGGCGUUUCAGGACGCUCUAGACGCGGACGGUGACGGCGAAGGCGGUAACACAUACAUCGGCAAUUUAACGCGGUCCAUGGCCCUAGCGUUGGACUCCUUCUAUCAGGGGCUCAAGUGCUGUGGAGUUAGCGCGCAUACGGGACAGGGCUUAGAUGAAUUCUUCAAAUUGGUAGACGAAGCGGCCGAAGAGUACGAAAGGGAAUAUCGUGCUGAUUGGAAAAAAAUGCGGGAAGAGAAACUAAAGGAGCAGAAAAGAAAAGACGAAGAAUUAAAAACAGAAAAAUCUGAACCUCAAGACACAGUGAUAGAGAAGAAGAGUUUGAUAGAUGAAGUGGUGGGAGGGAGGGAGAUCAGCGACAUGUACCUGAAGCAUCCUGGCAACGACAGCUCUAGUGAUGACGAAGGCACUGAGGAUACGCAGCCGGAACCUGAUGAUAAACCGGAAGAUGUGGCUGCUUUCCAGGAAUUCAUAAAGAAACAUAUAAAGCCAAAUAAUACUGGCAAUAAAACGUAGCUUUAUAAUAUGUUUAUCACACUUUGUAAAUAUUCUUUAUAAUUUAAAAAAAUAAAA